CAUCUGGUUCCCUUAAUUAACAUGAGACGCUCUAGUGCUAAACUCUCUCGGGGUAUCGGGAGGCAUGUACCAAAAACAGGAUUUAAACAUGAGUCUUUUAUUCGGAAUAUGCUUCAUGUUAUAUCAGACAACUCUUUUUUUACAAAAUCAAUUUAAUGAAAUUCUGAUGGCUAAAAACUUACGGAUCAGAUAAUUACAUCCCGACUAAUCACUGAUCCAAAAAGAUGAAAUACAUUUUCUUCUAUUUUACUCACUGACCCGAUUCUCUUAAUACUCCGAAGCACUCCGACUUUCAUCGUUCACUAUUCCAUAUUAUUUUCUCAUCGCCCAAAAGUUGCUAUAAAAUAAUAUUACGCAAUGUAAGUGACAAGACAAAAAAGUGUCGUUCGUCCAGUAUGCCCAGAAAAAAAGCUUUUAGUGCAAAACAAAAAAAAGAACAGCUGAAAAAGAAACGUCAUUAUACCGACAAACAGCCAGGGGCUCAAAAAAGAGCAGAAAAGUGUUCUCAUUCACCAGUCGUAAGUGAUUCUAAUGAGGAUUCUGGUGAAAAUUCUGUUCCAACGUCAAGUGUAAAUAGUAAACGCAACCACGAUCCAGACAGGUACAAAUUGUUUUUUCAAACUGAAAGCAAUGAUGAAAUUGAAGAAAGAAAAAGAAAAGCCAGAAUGCCAAUUAUUCGAUUUGAGAAGAAACAACUUGAAAUUACUCUUGAGGAAAUCUACAAACCUGGAACUGUUUUGGACAUGCCCAAAAGACCUCGAUGGAGUUAUACAAUGAGCAAACAUGAAGUGGAGAAAAAUGAAGAAAAAAUGUUCAUAAAAUAUGUUGAUGAUAUAAAGAAGGAAAAUUUGGGUUCUCAACUCAGUUACUUUGAGAUGAAUUUAGAAACAUGGAGACAGUUAUGGAGGGUCUUGGAGGUCUCAGACAUUGUACUAAUAAUAACUGAUGUACGGUAUCCUGUAAUUCAUUUUUCACCAACCCUCUACACAUAUGUUCGAGAUGAAUUAAAAAAAGACAUUGUUCUUGUUUUAAAUAAGAUUGAUUUAGUCACACCGGAAGUGGUAGUUUCAUGGAAAUGUUAUUUUCAAGAGAAGUUUCCUCACCUACAUAUUGUAUGUUUCACUUCUUUUCCCAAAGAUCCUGAAGAAAUACGUCAAUUAGAAACAAAAGUAAAAAAACAUUUGGGUAGAAAAAAGAAAAAAUCAUUCAUGCCUAUAGGACCAUUGGAGUUACAUAGCAUUUGCACAAAAAUUGUGGAUGGAAAAGUAAAUUUGAAGGAUUGGCUAAGUCACAUUGAAAAUGAGAGCAAUGGUGGUGUAACUUACGACGAAAUGUUAAGCUCUGACGAGGAUGAAGGUGAUUCUUCAACAUAUGAAGAUGUUGAAAAACAAGAAGGAAUUUUAACCAUAGGAUUAGUAGGUCAUCCCAAUGUUGGAAAAUCAUCAUUACUUAACGGUCUUGUUGGUAAAAAGGUGGUUAGUUGCUCAAGAACUCCAGGUCAUACCAAACAUUUCCAGACGAUAUUUUUAACGCCAAACGUUCGUCUUUGUGAUUCCCCAGGUUUAGUUUUUCCAUCUCUUGUUGAUAGAAGACUUCAGAUCCUGUCGGGUACCUAUCCGAUUGCUCAAGUGCGAGAACCAUAUUCCGUUGUCGGUUAUAUGGCGGCUUGCAUACCUUUGGAGAACACCUUAAAUCUUGUUCAUCCCAAAAUCGCUCAACUUGAAGAUGACGAGUCAAUACCUAAGGAUAUAGAAUGGUCAGCAUGGGAUAUUUGCGACGCUUGGGCAGAGCAACGUGGAUUUCGUACAGCCAAAGCGGGCAGACCAGAUACAUAUCGUGCAGCGAACAGUUUAUUACGAUUGGCAACACAGGGGAAAAUAGUCAUGUGUUUGUAUCCUCCUGGAUUCUUUUCAAAGCAAGAUGAGUGGAAAGAUCAUCCGGAAACAAAAGAAAUAGCAAAAUUACAACAACAAUUUAGUGAUUUAAAACAGUGGAGACUAAACGAAAAUUGUACACAAUGUGAACUUGAGAGGGAAUCCUCUGAAGAUACGGAUGAAGACAGUGACACAAAUAAUUCCCUUCAAAUGUUUAACCCGUACUUGUUACUACAAGAAGAAGAUUAACAUUUACUUUCACCGGGGGGGUGAGGGAGCAAUGUAAAACGUGACGAACAGUUGUGUUCUAUAAUGACGUAAUGUUAUAUUUAAGGAAAAUGUUGUGAUAAGUUCAGUUUGUAGUGAAAGGUGAAAACAUUGUAUAUAGAUAAAAAAUAUUUAUAAUAAUUUAAUACUUCAUGUA